AUGAUAAACAAUUUAUUAGAGGGACAUACAGCCGUCGCGUCGUCUGACAGACGAAAGAUGGAUUUGAGAGGAGAUGAGGAGCGCAUUCGACGUUGGUUGUGUGAGUCAGACAUCGAGUCUAACCACGAUGAAGCAGAGGAACUAUCGGAAUCCGAAAACGAAGAUAAUAUGGUGGCAGAUGCCCACGUAGGAACUGAUGAAAACGAGGAAGGAGGUUCGAUGUCAUCUGAUGAGGAGAUUUUCGUCAUCAGGCGCUCACGUAAGCGAAGAUUUGUAGGUUCAGAUGAUAAUACAUCCGAUACAGGUCAGUUGGGGUCUGAGUCCAUCCAGCAUCAGCAGGAGCCGCAGGAGCCUGAGUCAUCAUUUGUGAUCCGUUCCAAUAAAAACCACCUUUAUGGAAAGAGCGGUUAUAAAUGGUCUACUAGACCUCGCAAUCCACGAGCAAGAACAUCUUCUCGUAAUGUGAUUCACGUAGUCUCUGGACCUGCAGGUGUAGCUAAAGAAAUAACAGACCCCAGAGAAUUAUUUCUCCUGUUCAUUUCUCAUGAAAUGAUCAAUGAGAUGGUUACUUAUACCAACACGGAGAUUGAUAUCAAGAAGUCUAAAUACAAACAGAAGAAGUAUACCAACUCGCAUACUUCCACUAACGAAGUGACGGCUUUACUGGGUCUCUUGAUACAAUCAGCGACUAUAAAAAGUAACCACUUGCCCACUAGAACACUAUUUGACCACAAACGGAGUGCAAUUACUUUUAAAGCGUGCAUGAGUGCUGAUAGGUUUGAAUUCUUACUGAGAUGCCUUGGGUUUGACGACAAGACAACAAGAACAGAGCGGAGGGCCUCUGACAAGUUUGCUCCAUUCAGACAAUUUUGGGAGGCAUUCAUAAGCAACUGUGUAAAAUGGUAUAAGCCCAGUUCAUACAUAAUUAUUGACGAACAGCUUGUUGGGUUCAGAGGACGUUGUCCAUUUAGGAUGUACAUACCCAAUAAGCCAAAUAAAUACGGUCUUAAGUUUAUUAUGAUGGCAGACUCGAACACAAAAUAUUUAUGCAAUGCCAUUCCAUAUUUAGGCAAGGGAACUAAUCCAGGAACCGAACCUCUUGCGAGCUAUUUGGUGAAGGAGAUCACCAAACCCAUACAUGGUUCGAAUUGA